UCUUCAGUAGCAAUGUCAAACCGUAGACAAUAACGGUGUCCUUGUUACGUAUAAAGUGGAUGUAUAUCGUACAUUUUGCGCAAACUUGAAUAUUCUUAAAAUUUAACAAUGUUUAAAUGCUCCCAGAUAAUUAUUCCAAUUUUAUUUGUGCUCCUACCAGCAGCAGCAUUUGAUCUUCGAACUAAGUACUUUCGGAGUGACGAGGAGGCCAAGGGGACCAAGUUCUACGCCCUCGACUUUCUGGGCCUGGUCGAGAAGCAUGGACGCAAAGCAGAGUGGCACAAUGUUACCACUGAAGAUGGAUACAUCCUUUCGUUAUUCAGACUCCUACCGAAUUCUUCGCAUGUCAAUGAAACAGUAAAAGGUCGUACAUUUUAUCUGCAACAUGGGAUGGGCGCUUGUGCUGAUAUUUAUAUUUUACUUGGUCCAGGCAGAAGUCUCGCUUAUUCGUUAUCUGACGCUGGAUACGAUGUUUGGGUCGGUAAUUUGCGAGGAACUCACUACGGUCGCAGACAUAAAAAAUAUUCAACCGACGAUUCGGUCUUCUGGGACUUUAGUAUGGAUGACUAUGCACUUCGGGAUUUACCAGCAAUACUCGAUUACAUACUUGCCACCACAGGAGAGACACAAUUGUCCUACCUCGGCCACUCCCUCGGCACCACAAUUAUUCUAAUACUGCUCGCUGAUAAACCAGAAUACAAUUCUAAAUUAACACUUGCCAUCCUAUAUGCUCCAGUGUCUUACUGGAAAACAUGGAAUCCCACCAGAGUUUUUCUAGCACUGACGACUUCAUUCGCGAAACCUUUCCUACCAACUGCAACUGAAUUUCCAACUCCGACCAUUCUUCCAGCGGCCAUUAUUCAUUAUAUCUGUUUGUUAAACCCCUUGACAAUCAGAAUAUGUGUGAUUCCAGUGGAGUUCGUGCUGGGGGAGGAUCGCGAACAAAUAGAUGUCAGUGAAGUCGUAGCAUACAUAGCCCUCUACUAUCCUGCUGGUCAUUCAGCGAAGGUACUAUUCCAUUACGGACAGCACGUUCAAUCGGGAAAGUUUGCACAUUACAAAGAAGGGCAUGACGGGGCAGACUUGGAGUACAACCUGAAAAACAUCAGAGUACCCAUGAUUAUUUUCGAAGCACAAAAUGAUCACCUAGUUCCCCAAGGAAAUGCGGAAUAUUUACUUACACAACUUCCUCCGGAUCUUGAAUUACGUUAUGAACUCAUUAGUCAUAAAAAAUUCACCCACGGGGAUUAUGUCGCUGCGAAAGAUGUCGAGGAGAUCCUCUACAACCCGAUGCUGCAGAUUCUUGAAGAGUCUCAUGUGUUUAAGAGAAAAGUUGACGAUUAAUUCGGUCAUCAUUUGAGCUUGGUGGCAAAAACUGAAACCGUAAUUACAAAAAGAUGUUGACGUUUUAGCAAUGUUACCCGCAUACCUUAGCUUAUGAGAAUAUCUUCAAUUAUCCAAGUAUAAUAUUGUUUAAAUUCAAAAUAUAAUAUAUACAUUUAUUAAAAGGACGUUUCUGGGCUCGUCGUUAACGUGAUGGCCCUAUCACCAAUGGAAUUGGUAAAAAUAAAGGAAUCUAUACUA